AUGGAGUCGACAUGCAGUAAUUCUGCUGAUGUGGUACUGACAUGGCCAAAUUUUGAUGGUCUCUUCAGUCCGGACUUUCUGAACUCAACGUUGCUUGCUGACGAGGAUGUCGAGGCUGGAAAGAACCUCCAAAACGUCGGGCAGCGGACAGAGUUGACAAGCGGCCGAGCGGUCAACUAUGAAGACGCCCCUGUUUUGGUGGACCGGUUUCUGGCUUUUGUUCAUACCAAAAAUCCUAUUCUGAAUGUCCCGGAAGUACGAAUAUAUGCCAGACGCUUGGCAGAAGAAGGGCCAUUAUGGGAUGCACCCUCAUGUCUCGUACUGCUGGCGCUACGCUGGUACAACGCUGGUACACCGCAGACUAUAGGACCAGAUGAGGCGAACAUCCAAGUGGCUGAGCGAUACUACGAAAUAGCACGUCGGAGAUUCGGCCUUCUCCGGCAGACACUUAUCACUGUCCAGUGCUAUGUUCUUUCCGGGAUCUACUUGAUGUAUACACUCCAACCAUUCAAGGGUUGGAAUGAGUUUCUCCAAGCCUUCAUCAACCUCGACAUGUACCUCAGCCGGCAGAAAGCCGCAGCACACGGUUCGAACAACUCUCAAAGAAGUGAUACCACGCGCGUCGAGCAACGGCUCUACUGGACAUUUUUUAAAUCAGAAUGUGAGAUUCGACAAGAGAUACAUGUGCCCGAAUCUGGACUGUCGAACAUUACCUAUCCAUACCUAUUUCCUUCACCCCCCACGCCUAGUAGCCCGGUGAUAAAUGCACAGACUGUCUCUAGUUUUACGUCGAUGCAAGCCUCGCCAAACUCGACUGUCAGUGGCCCGCAAAUAAUUGGCUUCUCGGAGCAACAGUCAUGGUUCUACUAUUUGACCGAAAUUACCCUCGCCCGUAUCGACAACCGCAUCCUCAAAGCUUUUUACCAAAGUGAUCACAUGGGCUGGGCAACUCUGGUUUUACCGGAUGCUGUGCAAAUGGCGGAACAUUUUGAACACGAAAUCACCGAGAUAUAUAACAACAUGCCCGAGGCCAUUUCUUUUGACUGUGACUCGGAUGAUCAAUCUUUGAUCGAGUUGAGACAUAUGGUCAAGGGCCGGUGUAACAACGUUCGAUUACAUCUUUACCUUCCAUUCCUUUACUACAUGAUUCACCAUGGUCACGAGACUAGCUUGGAGAUUCAAUCAAUGCUCCAACCCUGGGUAGACCGAGGAUUACGGCACUUGAUCGAGUCAAGCUCUCUCGAAGGAUACACUCACCGCCACCACGGUACUUGGUAUUACAACGAUGAUCUCGGCAUCGAAGGCGCCAUCCCUGGUGGCACGGAGCCCUGGUGGGAGUUGUUCGACUGCGACGAGGACCCGCUGGAACUUCUCAACAUCUACCACGACCCCAAAUAUAAGGAUGUUGUCAAGGAGAUGACGGAGCUACUGGAGACGAAGAUGAUGGAGAUUGGUGAUGUAACACUCCAUCCGAGAUUCCAGUAAGCUCAAGGGGGCGGUAAUGGUAGAAGCAUAUCUAGAUACGAGUAAUGCGGCAUGAAACCUCAAGCAGGAAAAAGUUGCAUGUGUGAGGAGAAAUUUCCAGCGAUACUAGCGACAGACCCAUGUCUGUGAUUUAGGAUGACAUCUGGAGCCCUCGUAAGAAG